AUGCGUGCACCUCAAUUACCACGUUUUACAUCCCUCACCUCCUCUACAUUCAGCCAUUCUCACGGUCAAGGUCACCGCCAUGGUCAUGGUCACGGUCAUGGUCAGAUAUCACAAGCAAUCCUCAGUCCAUCUAGGAAAGCAUCCACAAACUCGAAUAAUACAGACUGGGUAACAUGGCUUAAGAAGGGUGUAUCGGAUUCGUCAACCCCAUCAGGGAAAUGUCUUUUGUUCGCUGGUCUCGGGUCAUAUCCUCAUACACCAAUUUCACCUACACCAUCUUCACUGAAAGUGUGGGAUGAGGCAUCAGAAGCUCUACUAAGUCCUGAUGCGACUAUAGGAUACGAAACUAGAGGUAUGAGUGAUGCGGGCUUGAAGCAGGUUAAAGGAUGGAUGAGAGGUUGGGUAGAAGGUAGAAGUUUAGAAGAAUUGAUGAAAAGACCCGAUGUGACAGCUGCUUUCAUCCUUUCAUCUUCAAUAGCUAUCUUAGCUUCAGAAAAGGAAAAACACGGUACAUCAACUUUAUUACCUGAAGGAACGAGUCAUCUUGCAGGUCAUGGAUUCAUAGGUACUUUAACUGCUUUAGUGGCCAGUGGGAGAUUAGAUUUAGGUACUGGCGUUAGGCUAGCUAGGAUAUACGCAUCACUUCCACCUUCACCACCUCAAACGUAUCCCCGAUCACAUUUAACUACAGUGUUAUCAGCUCGACAUUUUCAUUCACUUUCUUCACCAUCCUAUUUCGUUCCACCGCCUCCAUCACCUGAUGACCCUUUCCCUCCCGUCAGUUCAGGUUCAGCGAGUGAAGAAGAAGCUGAAUCAAGUUCAACUCCGAUCAAAAGACGGAGAGCCAUGCAAUUGAUUUUAGACGAAAUACAUUCUUUACAAAGAGAUUGGGAAAGAGAAAAUGAAAUUACAGGUAGUGGGGGUACUAUUGGUCCUAGGCAGGAAUGGGCAAGUGCUGGUAUUAUAAAUAGUAGUAAAGUCCUGGUCGUUACCGGAACGCACCACGCCGUCUUGCAAGUGAUAGAAAGAUUACAACAGCUGAAUUUAGCAAAUCCAGUAAUGGACGUAGCGAUGCCCUGUCCAUAUCAUACAAAACUGAUGACUCACGCUAUACCUAAAUUCAGAGAUGUGUUGGAGAGAUGUUAUUUCCAAUAUCCAAAAGAAGGUAAUCCGAUUAUAUUGGAUCCUAUGACUACUCAUCCUCUGUCCCACCCAUCAUCGUCGCUCUUACCUCACUUGACAGGUCAAUUACGUUGGCACAAGACAUUGUAUCGAUUAUACUCACUUCCAUCACCCGAAGUAUCAACUUUUGUAACAGUUGGAAAAGGUGCAAAAGGCUUAGGUAUAAUGUUGAAAGGUGAAGUAAGAAAAAGACCAGAAGGAGCAACAAAGAUCAAAAUUGAAGAAAUGGGUGGAACGACCCUAAAGGAAAAAGAAAUGAAUGAUAGGAUAAAUAAAGGUUUAAUGAAAUUAAGAGCUCAACAAAAUAAAAAAGCAUGA